GUACGUUUAAUAUUUUGCAAAUAAUUCAAGGAAUACAAUAUAUUAUAUAAUUAUAUUGUAUUUCACGGACUUUUGACGAUAUGAUUGCAACAAUUAACGGUUUACUAGACAAUCUUUGAAAGGGCUUCCGUAUGAAAUUAUUAUGCAAUAAAAUAUGAUUCGUUUGUGUUUUAGAAGGCUAUCUGGAGGCGCUGCAAAACCGCAUUGGGGUGAGCCACCAAAGCACCGUUGGCAACCGUUUCUUCUCGAUCGUACUCAUUAUGGAGAACACCCUACAUAUAAUGGUUUUGUUUUAUUCCUACGUGCAAUAAGACCCAAAGUUGAGAGAGUAGUUGGCUCUACAUUCUCAACAAUCAGCUCUCUGUCACAAUCGGUUUAUAAUCCCAUCAGAAGAAUCGUAUUGAGACAUAAUCCUGAUAUACGUUACCAAAUGGUUGCGCUAGUUUCGUUUUUGGCAACGACCAGAACAAUAACGCAAUACUAUGGUGAUAUAUACCAAGGGAUUGUGGACUUGACCAAUUUACUGAUGCUUGGUACAGCUGAUGAUUUAAAUGAACAAGGAUUUUGGAAUUCCAAGACGGAAGAUAAAAAUGAAAGAUUAAAAUAUUUUGAAGAGGAGCAAAAUAGACUCAACGGAAUUUGGAAGACUGCCAUCGAAAAGGCUUCUUCUACGGGAUCAUUUGAUGAUUUAUGCUCCUUUGUUAUUCCAGAAUCGCACGAGGUUCCAACAGGUGUUUUACCUCAGGUUUCCUGGAGGUUCAACAUGAUUCCUUAUGGAAAGGAUAACGAUGAUACACUUACAUUCGAUACUCCAUCACACGAACAACCUCUACGUUCAAUGGCCCUUAACUUUACCUACAACAAUCUUUCUGGUGACUGGGGUGACUAUAUCAACAGACAAGAUAAUAAGAAUGCUCUUCUUAGACCAGCUAGGCAAAUGUUUACUGAUGUUUACAUCCCCGGAACAAAGUAAAAGUCUUCUAAUAUACUAGAUGUGU